AUGACUACGAAGGAAGAAAUUUCGCCCGCCGCCAGCGAAAAGCCUAGCAGCGUGCAGAACAUCGAAGAUGUUGGCCAGCGUGCGCUCAACGAUGUCGACUACGACGAGGAGUAUUCGUACGAGGAGCAGCGCAAGAUCAUUCACCGUGUCGAUCGCCGGCUGGUGACGAUGACGGGUCUCGCCUACUGUAUCUCGCUGAUGGAUAGAACAAACCUGAGCAUGGCUGCCGUGGCGGGUAUGAUUCAAGAGCUGGACCUGCAUGUCGGAACCAGAUACUCUGUCAUUGCGCUCGUCUUCUUCGUCCCCUAUGUCAUCUUCCAGCCCGCCAUGACCGUUAUCACAAGAAAGUUGGGCCCCACUUUGUUCCUGGGAUCGAUUGUGAUCUCCUGGGGUGUGAUCUUGGUGGGUAUGGGUUUCACCAAGGACUGGAAGCAAUUGGCCGCCUGUCGUGUCCUGCUUGGUCUCUUGGAGGCUGGCUACUUCCCCGGUUGCGUGUACCUGCUGUCAAGUUGGUAUGUCAGAUCGAUUCUCGGUCUUCUACUUAUCGGAUGCGUUGCUUCGGCCGCGGCUGGUAUCCUCGCCUUUGGCCUGUCACACAUGAGCGGAAUUCAGGGUCUAGGAGGCUGGAGAUGGAUCUUCAUCAUGGAGGGAGUGAUCACUGGAGUCAUUGGAAUCCUGACUCUGCUCCUGCUGGUCGAUUUCCCUGACCGGGCGCACAAGUCGUGGAGAUUCCUAAGCGAGAAGGAAUGUGCUUUCAUCGUCCGUCGCAUCAACCGGGACCGCUCCGAUGCCGAUAAUGAGCCUUUCACCAUGAAGCGGUUUCUCACGCCUGCUCUGGAUCUGAAGAUCUGGGGUUUCGCUCUGAUCUUCUUCUGCACCACCUGUGUCACCUACGCCAUUGCCUAUUUCCUUCCGAUCAUCCUCCAACAAGGAAUGGGCUAUAGUGUCGGCGCCGCCCAGUGUCUCGUUGCACCGCCGUUCGCCUUCGCUGGUAUCGUGAUGGUCGGUGCCGCCUGGAUCGGUGACAAGUAUCGCAUGCGUGGCAUCAUUGUCGCCUUCAAUGCCCUCCUCUGCGUCAUUGGCCUGGCCAUCCUGGGCUUCCACAGCAACAACGGGGUCCGGUACUUCGGCGUCUUCCUUGCCACCGCGGGCGCAAAUGGCAACAUUCCUGCCUCCAUGGCAUAUCAGGCCAACAACAUCCGUGGUCAGUGGACGAGAGCCCUUUCCAGCGCGACCCUGGUCGGCAUGGGUGGUGUCGGUGGUAUCGCGAGCAGCUUGGUGUUCCGAUCGCAGGACGCGCCGCUGUACCGCCCGGGUAUCUGGACGACCAUUUUUUUGAAUGUUCUGGUCUUGUUUAUUGUGGCUGUACUGAGCUUGUGGUUCCGCAUUUGCAACAAACAGGCGGAUCAAGGCAAGCGCAUCAUCGAGGGAGCGGCGGAUUUCCGGUAUACGAUCUAA